UGGACUUCUGCUGCACCUUCACUGUUUACUUCACACACAAAGGGUCUCUGACGCGUGGAAAAUGGUGCAACUGGCAAACGGCGGAGUGAUCUGGAACUCUUAAGUGCCAUGAAGAGACAGAAGCAGAUUCCAUGCCAGUCUAGCAGCACAUCUAUCGCUCCACACGCCUGAAGAUGAAGAUGAUGAUCUCAUGCUUGCACCCGUUUACCUCGCUGUCUCGUUUAAAAACAAUGUCUUCAAGGAAAUUCGCUGCAUGAGUCAACAGUCACGCCGUAUCUCUAAAUUACUUGAUCUCUUUUCGACCAUGAAUUAAACUGCAAUCCAAAAUGAAAUUUCCAACGGAAAACCCAAGGAAACCAGGAAACUGGAACCCUCCACAAGUGCCAGUGCAGACCAACUUGGUACCGCCGAAGAAGGUCCAACCAGGGAUGUUGCAAUCCAGCUUGGUGCAGGCCAGUGUGGCCACCAUGCAGAACCCCAUGGGUUGCUCUUUACCUCGCCUUUCUGUCUCCCGGCCCGCUAGUAUGGUGGCCAGCAUGGAAGCGGUGGCGGACGGCUCAGCCCUCCUCACGGUCAUGAAGUGGAAGACUGUCCUUGCCGUGUUUGUGGUGGUGGUAGCGUACCUGGUCGCCGGCGGUCUGGUGUUCAGAGCCCUGGAGCAACCCUUUGAGAGCAACCAAAAAGACACCAUCACUUUGAAGAAAGCCGCCUUCCUGGAGAAACAUAGCUGCGUGACCCGAGAUGAGCUGGAAGAGCUCAUCAAGCACUCUGUAGAUGCAGUGAACGCCGGUGUCAGUCCUAUCGGAGACACAUCAUACAACUCCAGUCACUGGGACUUGGGGAGCUCCUUUUUCUUCGCUGGAACUGUGAUAACAACAAUAGGUUAUGGCAACAUCUCUCCAAGCACAGAGGGAGGGAAGAUUUUCUGUAUCCUUUAUGCAAUUUUUGGCAUCCCACUCUUUGGCUUUCUUCUGGCUGGUGUUGGUGAUCAGCUAGGGACUAUUUUUGUGAAGAGCAUUGCUAAAGUGGAGAAAAUGUUCAGGCGCAAACACAAUCAAAUAAGCCAGACCAAGAUUCGAGUGGCCUCUACAUUGCUCUUCAUCUUGGCUGGCUGCAUUCUCUUCGUCACCAUACCAGCCAUCAUCUUCAAGCACAUUGAAGGAUGGACCGGGCUGGAGGCGAUUUAUUUCGUGGUCAUCACACUGACAACUGUUGGGAUCGGAGAUUAUGUUGCAGGAGGCAAUAGAAGAAUAGAGUACCGUAAAUGGUACAGACCGCUGGUGUGGUUCUGGAUCCUGGUUGGACUGGCUUAUUUUGCUGCAGUUCUGAGCAUGAUUGGAGACUGGCUCAGGGUGCUUUCUAAAAAGACAAAAAUGGAGGUGGGUGAAAUUAAGGCUCACGCCGCCGAAUGGAAGGCCAACGUCCGCGCAGAGCUCCGUGAGACCAGGCGCCGACUCAGCGUGGAAGUUCAUGACAAACUGCAAAGGGCCGCCACCAUUCGCAGCAUGGAGCGCAGGCAGCUAGGUUUCGACCAGCGGGCCCAUUCCCUAGACAUGCUGUCCCCUGAACGUCGAGCUGCCUUCAACAGCCUGGACACCACCAAUUACAAAACAUCCUCCCAGGAGAGCAUCGACACAAAGCUCAACAACCUGCGUCUACGAGUUGAGCAGAAUGAGCAUCGGCGGAGCGAUCCAAGCCAGGCGUACUCUGAAGAUAACAUUUUCAACCGCCUUGGUUCAGUCACAAAACUAGCCAAACGGAACAGGAACAAAGAGUUGAGGAAAAACAUCCCAGACGACAGUCGGAAAGCCUUAGAUUCCUUCACCUGUAAUACUCCCACAAUGGAUGAGGAAAAGAAAGAGGCCGAGGACGAGGAGCUUGAGAAAGAGGUCAACACCAGUCUGACCAACUUACCUCUCUUUGUGGAGAGUCCCAAUAAACAAAACGGAUUCAUGCCUCUACCGCCACAGACCAAAGAGGAAGAAAACGAGACAAAACUUGAAGACAAAGAGUUCCAUUUGCAGAUGGAGCCCUAGAGGAAUCCGUGUAGGAAAAUAACAUAUGCCUAAAGUGCCUUGUUUAGCCCUUACCCUGAGCUGAGAUGUGAGAAUCUCAAUUUUUACUGUUCACUGUGUCCUGAUAACUUGAUAAUGGAAAUAUGGCGACAGUAGCACUGGAAGACAUCUGGUUCUCUUCUUCAGUCCACUGAAAAAUGCUUGUAUAAGUUUGAAAGAAUCUCUCCCAACAUCCUGGACAUAAUCCGAAGCAAGCUACAUUGGCAGUUUGUUUGAAGUGUGACUGAAAGUGCUUCACUUUCAGUGUUCUUUCAGCCAGACUGUACUUCAAGGUCAUUUGUCAAGAAGCAUAACUGCUUAAGAACAAUGUCUGUCAAGAUCCCCCACCCAUUCGAAAUGAAGAAACCUACCUUGAGGCUUGAAUCCCCCAUGAUCAAAGAUGAUAAAACUCUUUGAAUAGGAAGAACCCAUGUUAAAUUGGUGACACGUCGUAUAUGCACGGAGCUCAACUGUCCUGUAAAACAAGUUGAGUGCAUCAAUAUGUGAUCCAGAUUUAUGAAGUUAACCUAUGAAAUCUCAGGGCUUGUAGUCCUACUGUAAUUGUCAAAUUGUACGGUAUGUCUGACAUACAAUUUGCCCUGCUCUCAUGUAAUAUCUAAAGCUGUUGCUACACAGUACUGUUUUCAUAGUUUGAAAUUUUAGGACAAUGGGACAAAAGAGAAGCCAUAAGGUAGAAAGUCAUGGUGGACGUCAUGCAAGCUAGAAUAUCUAGUAGAGUUUAAUCACAAACAACAGAACAUAUCCGUUUAUUUCAUUUAAAUGGAUAGUUUACCCAAAAAUGUAGCUCCAAACCUGUAUAACUUACUUUCGUCUGCAGAACACAAGUGUUUAAAAUGGUUUUGUCUAUUUAAUUGAAGUCAGUAAGAUCCAAAACAACACAUGUUGAUGGCAUUUUCCAUUUUUGGGUGUACUGUCCCUUUAAGCCAUUGUCAAGUAAGCGAUUUCAGAGAAACACAGUUGAAAGUGGAUCGAAUCUUGUAGCCAAUCACCAGUAAGGGGCGUGUCCACUCAUGAUGGGGGAGGUGCCUGUUGCAUAGCAUGUUCGUGAAUCUGGGGGCCGAGCUAACAAGAUAGGAUGUGAUCCUUUUGGGUAGGGGCCUGUUUGUUUUGGUCAUUUCAAAUAUCAAGAGUUUCGCAGAAAUCGCUUACUGCACCUUUAUUAAGUUGACUGAUGGCGCUGAUUACACAACAUAAUAGCAUAUUCACAAUAUUACGUUGAUUUGUGAGUGAUCAGGGUAAAAUCUUGACUUUUUUGAAGUCUACUAGAUAUUCUGUAUGUGAAUGAAAGACAUACUGUAUAUGACAUACUUAUGUUUUAGCUUUAUGAAAGUAUAGGAUGCAGUUUUAUUUAGGAUUGACAGGGAAAUGUUACUCUCUUUUUUUUUGCCAGAAAACCUUGCACUUUUUACAAGUUUCUGUCUUUAGUUUAUGAUUUUCGCCUCUUCUUUUGACACACCACUAAACAAUGUUGUGCUAAUCGCCUGGGAGCGUCUGACAUAUUUGUGUGUGUGUUUGUGUUGAAACCAAAUACCGCUUUGUCUGAUGUGAUUGUUGUCUUGCUGACUGUAUUAAUGAAAACUCCCUGAGGCAGACACACGUAUCGGUACCUCAUUCCCACCAACUCGUAAACGCACACAUACACACAUUUACAGCUCCAGCAAAAUGCUUGUUGUUGAGCUAAUGUUAAUUACUCGUUUCAUGUUUGCAAUAGUCUAGAGCGAAUGCAGCAACGGACUGAAUAUU